AUGCACCGAAAAAUGGAGGAAAUAAAAGACUUCUUGCUCACAGCCAGGCAAAAGGAUGCCAAAUUUGUCAAGAUCAAGAAAAACAAGGACAAUGUGAAGUUUAAGGUUCUCUGCAGCAGGUAUCUGUACACCUUGGUUAUCACAGACAAAGAGAAGGCAGGGAAACUUAAACAGUCCUUGCCUCCCGGUUUGGCUGUGAAGGAGCUGAAGUGAAGGCAUCAUUCAAUGUUACACCUGUAUUAAAAUGUGUUUUAAAAAAA